CUCGGAGGUACCGGGCGCGCGCGGCUCCGGCUCGGGACGCCUCGGGCUCGGGCUCCGGCUGCGGCUGCUGCGGCGGCGCCCGCGCUCCGGUGCGCUCGGCCUCCUGGGCCCGCCACGGAGCGCACUCCGCGCCCGCCCGCGCCUCUCCCCGAGCCCGCUGCGAUGGGAGCUGCGCGGGGAGCCCCGAUCAGCCCCCGCCGGCUGCCUCUGCUCAGCGUCCUGCUGCUGCCGCUGCUGGGCGGUGCCGAGGCAGCCAUUGUCUUCAUCAAGGAGCCGUCUUCCCAAGAUGCACUGCAGGGGCGCCGGGCGCUACUCCGCUGUGAGGUUGAGGCCCCUGUCCCUGUACAUGUCUACUGGCUGCUGGACGGGGCCCCUGUCCAGGACACGGAGCGGCGUUUUGCCCAGGGCAGCAGCUUGAGCUUCACAGCUGUGGACCGGCUGCAGGACUCUGGAGCCUUCCAGUGCGUGGCUCGGGAUAAUGCCACUGGAGAGGAGGCCCGCAGUGCCAACGCCUCCUUCAACAUCAAAUGGAUUGAAACGGGUCCUGUGGUCCUGAAGCAUCCAGCCUUGGAAGCAGAUAUCCAGCCACAGACCCAGGUCACGCUACGUUGUCACAUUGAUGGGCACCCUCGGCCCACCUACCAGUGGUACCGAGAUGGGAACCCUAUAGCCGAUGGUCAGAGUAACCACACGGUCAGCAGCAAGGAGCGGAACCUGACCCUCCGGCCAGCUGGCCCUGAGCAUAGUGGUCUCUACUCCUGCUGUGCCCACAAUGCCUUUGGCCAGGCCUGCAGCAGCCAGAACUUCACCUUGAGCAUUGCUGAUGAGAGUUUUGCCAGAGUGGUAUUGGCACCCCAGGAUGUGGUAGUGCCAAAGAAUGAGGAGGCCAUGUUCCAUUGUCAGUUCUCAGCCCAGCCACCCCCGAGUCUGCAGUGGGUCUUUGAGGAUGAGACUCCUAUCACUAAUCGCAGUCGUCCCCCACACCUCCGCAGAGCCACGGUGUUUGCCAAUGGGUCCCUGCUGCUGACCCAGGUCCGGCCGCGCAACGCAGGGGUCUACCGCUGCAUAGGCCAGGGGCAGAGGGGCCCUCCUGUCGUCCUGGAGGCCACGCUUCACCUGGCAGAAAUUGAAGACAUGUCACCGUUUGAACCACGGGUGUUUACAGCUGGCAGUGAGGAGCGUGUGGCCUGCCCACCCCCCCAGGGUCUGCCAGAGCCCAGUGUGUGGUGGGAGCAUGCAGGAGUCCGGCUGCCUGCCCAUGGCAGAGUCUACCAGAAGGGCCACGAGCUGGUAUUUGCCAACACAGCCGAGAGUGAUGCUGGCGUCUACACCUGCCAUGCAGCCAACCUGGCUGGUCAGCGGCAACAGGAUGUCAACAUUACCGUGGCCACUGUGCCCACAUGGCUGAAGAAGCCCCAGGACAGCCAUCUGGAAGAGGGCAAGCCAGGUUAUUUGCAUUGCCUGACACAGGCCAUACCAAAACCCACGGUCAUCUGGUACAGAAAUCAGAUGCUCAUCUCAGAGGACUCACGGUUUGAGGUCUCCAAGAAUGGAACCUUGCGCAUCAACAGCGUGGAGGUGUACGAUGGGACAUGGUACCGCUGUGUGAGCAGCACCCCAGCUGGCAGCAUCGAGGCUCAAGCCCGAGUCCAAGUGCUGGAAAAGCUCAAGUUCACACCACCACCCCGGCCGCAGCAGUGCAUGGAGUUUGACAAGGAGGCCACGGUGGCCUGCUCAGCCACAGGCCGAGAGAAACCCACUAUUAAGUGGGUACGGGCAGAUGGGAGCAGCCUCCCAGAGUGGGUGACAGACAAUGCCGGGACCCUGCACUUCGCCAGGGUGACCCGCGAUGAUGCCGGCAAUUACACUUGCAUCGCCUCCAACGCGUUGCAGGGCCAGAUCCGGGCCCACGUUCAGCUCACCGUGGCAGUGUUCAUCACCUUCAAGGUGAAGCCGGAGCGCACCACCGUGUACCAGGGUCACACAGCCCUGCUGCGUUGUGAAGCCCAGGGGGACCCCAAGCCGCUCAUUCAGUGGAAGGGCAAAGACCGCAUCUUGGACCCCACUAAGCUGGGACCCAGGAUGCACAUCUUCCAGAAUGGCUCCCUGGUGAUCCACGACGUGGCCCCUGAAGACUCAGGCCACUAUACCUGCAUCGCAGGCAACAGCUGCAACAUCGAGCACACGGAAGCCCCCCUCUACGUCGUGGACAAGCCUGUGCUGGAGGAGUCAGAGGGCUCGGGCAGCCCUCCCCCCUACAAGAUGAUCCAGACCAUUGGCCUGUCCGUGGGCGCAGCUGUGGCCUACAUCAUUGCCGUGCUGGGUCUCAUGUUCUACUGCAAGAAGCGCUGCAAAGCCAAGAGGCUUCAGAAACAGCCUGAGGGCGAGGAGCCAGAGAUGGAGUGCCUCAAUGGCGGUCCUGUGCAGAACGGUCAGCCCUCUGCAGAGAUCCAGGAGGAAGUGGCCUUGACCAGCUUGGGCUCCGGCUCCGCAGCCACCAACAAACGCCACAGUACAACUGACAAGAUGCACUUCCCGAGGGCCAGCCUGCAGCCCAUCACCACACUGGGGAAGAGUGAGUUUGGGGAGGUGUUCCUGGCAAAGGCACAGGGCUUGGAGGAGGGGGUGCCAGAGACCCUGGUGCUUGUGAAGAGCCUGCAGAGCCGUGAUGAGCAGCAACAGCUGGACUUCCGCAGGGAGUUCGAGAUGUUUGGGAAGCUGAACCACGCCAACGUGGUGCGACUGCUGGGGCUGUGCCGGGAGGCUGAGCCCCACUACAUGGUGCUGGAGUAUGUGGACCUGGGGGACCUCAAACAAUUCCUAAGGAUUUCCAAGAGCAAGGAUGAGAAAUUGAAGUCACAGCCCCUCAGCACUAAGCAGAAGGUGGCCCUGUGCACCCAGGUGGCCCUGGGCAUGGAGCACCUGUCCAACAACCGCUUUGUGCACAAGGACCUGGCUGCUCGCAACUGCCUGGUCAGCGCUCAGAGACAAGUGAAGGUGUCCGCGCUGGGGCUCAGCAAGGAUGUCUACAACAGUGAGUACUACCAUUUCCGCCAGGCCUGGGUGCCCCUGCGCUGGAUGUCUCCUGAGGCCAUCCUGGAGGGUGACUUCUCCACCAAGUCCGACGUCUGGGCUUUCGGCGUGUUGAUGUGGGAAGUGUUCACCCAUGGAGAGCUGCCCCACGACGGACAGGCAGACGACGAGGUGCUAGAAGACUUGCAGGCUGGGAAGGCUAGACUCCCCCAACCUGAGGGCUGCCCUUCCAAGCUGUACCGGCUGAUGCAGCGCUGCUGGGCCCUCAGCCCUAAGGACCGGCCCUCCUUCAGCGAGAUCGCCAACACCCUGGGAGACAGCCCCGCAGACAGCAAGCCGUGAGGAGGGAGCCCUGGCAGGCUGUGCCUCAGGAUGGCGUGGGCGGGGGAGGACCUCUUGAGGGGCACCUGCAGUAUGCUGGGCAAGAUCCCCAUCCUUCUUGGCCCCGGGGGCCUCGCCCUGGCACCACAGGCACUGCUGAGGUCUGGGCAGAGCCUGGGCUUUCCUCCUCUUCCUCUCCCUAGCCCUUGGGGAGACUGAUGCAGACCCAGACAUGGUGACUAGGACCUUGGGCUGGGCAGUUUUCUCUGCCACCCCUCCCCCCAUCGGGGACAGUGUGGGUGCCUCAGGUAACCCCAAUAUCUGGCCUGCGUCUCCUCCCCUGACCAGGUUCAGUUCUGCCACUCACCUGCCACCCUUAUCCAGGGAGGGUGGAGGCAGGCUGGAGAUGAGCUGGAUUGAGGGGAGUUUCUUAAUAUACUCAAGUUCCGGGGGUAGUUCUGGCCUACUGGCCCACCUCGGGGUAUGUAGCAGGGUCAUGGAGGACAACGCCAGUGAGUCCUCCCCCGUGGACUUGUGCACACCGACCCUGACCCAUGCCUCCCUCCCCACCCUUCUCUCCUUUCCUCAUCCUAAGUGCCUGGCAGAUGAAGGAGUUUUCAGGAGCUUUUGACACUAUAUAACCCGCCCUUUUUGUAUGCACCUUGGGCGGCUUUUGUAUGUAAUUGCAGCGUGGGGUGGGUGGGCAAGGGAGGGAGGGGAGGCCCUGGAGGAGAUGGGGAGGGUGGGCCACCCUGCCUCACAUCUUUAUUGUUGUUGUUUUUGUUUGUUUGUUUGUUUGGUUUGUUUUUUUUUUUUUUUUUUACACUCGCUGCUCCCAAUAAAGAAGCCUUUUUUACA